CUCCCCUCUCACUCUCUGUCUCCUCUCUGCGUCCAUCGUCACGUAAUCAAAUCCACAAUCAACCGUGAAAAGCCACUGUCUGUCUGCACAUUCCCUCGCAGACAUCAGAGAAAGAAGGAAGAGUCCCUCCCUUCUUCUGAGCACUUCACUGACGACAAGCAAAGCCAUGCCUUUAAAUUGCGCGAGCAUUGGCACCAAAAUCCCACAAUUCCAACCCCACAGGACCCGAUUCCUCCAAUUCCCUCCACCCCAUGUAGACAGAUUCUCCUCCUCCUCCUCCUCCUCCUCUUCUUCCUCUUCCUCCUCUCCCCAUCGCCAGAGCUCCGCCGAGCAGCCUCAGACCCUCAGGGCCUCUUCCACUCAGCCUCUGAUGGAGAGCCGCCACGAAAGCCUCGACCUUUCGGCUCCGAGAGCGGAGGAGUACUCCAAGGAGCUGGAGGUCGCGGUCAGGGUCGUCCAGCUGGCUUGCUCCCUGUGCCAGAGAGUGCAGGAGUCCCUGAUUUCAAAGACCCACGAUGGGGAAAGCGUUAAUGUUCAGUCCAAGGACGACAAUUCGCCCGUCACCGUCGCUGACUGGAGUGUCCAAGCAACAGUGAGCUGGGUACUUUCCAAUUACUUCGGGAGCAGAAAUGUCUCGAUUGUAGCUGAAGAGGAGGCCCAGGCUCUGUUGAAGGCCAGCACCAAUGGCUUAUUAAAAUCAGUUGUAAAAACCGUCAAUGAAUGCCUGUCUGAAGCCCCUAGGUUCGGUCUUGCAGGCCCAAACGAGGCAUUAGGAACCGAACAAGUCCUUGAAGCCAUAGGGAGGUGCAACUCAACCGGCGGAGGCACGGGGAGGUUCUGGGCUCUCGACCCAGUCGACGGCACGCUAGGAUUUGUGAGGGGGGAUCAGUAUGCUGUUGCACUUUCGCUAAUAGAGGACGGACAGGUCAUGCUCGGUGUUCUAGGCUGCCCGAAUUACCCAAUGCGGAAGGAGUGGUUAAGUUACCAUCACCGAUACCAUAGGCUUAUUGCUAAGUUGACACCUCCAACAUCAGAAACCUGGGACAAGGGUUGUGUUUUCUACGCAAGGAGAGGGACCCAUGAGGCUUGGAUGCAACCUUUGCUGCAAAGGAAUAGGGAGCUUGAGUUCCCGGGCUAUGUGAGGCCUGUCAGGGUUUCUUCCAUCGAUAAUCCAGCGUUGGCUACUUUCUGUGAACCCGUUGAGAAGACAAACUCUAGUCAUUCCUUCACAGCAGGACUAGCUCACAGCGUCGGACUUAGGAAGCAGCCGCUCCGGGUGUAUAGCAUGGUGAAGUACGCGGCGAUAGCUCGGGGAGAUGCGGAGAUAUUCAUGAAAUUUGCGAGGGCGGGCUACAAGGAGAAGAUAUGGGACCACGCCGCUGGUGUCAUCAUAAUACAGGAGGCGGGCGGUGUCGUAACGGAUGCAGGUGGCCAGCCCCUGGAUUUCUCCAAGGGUAUAUACCUACAGGGCCUCGAUCGGGGCAUCAUCGCGUGUUCCGGUUCCAAACUGCAUGAGAAAAUCAUCAAGGCUGUAGAUGCUAGCUGGGACUCUUCUUGUCUGUAAAUAAUGCUUGAACAGGAUCAGUUACGGUUAAGUAUAGGUUUAUCUCGACCUUCUAGCUCAAACUAGGUCAACUACGCGCUAAGAGCUGGACGAUAGCGGGAGCCAGGAGUAUUGACUCUCUCCGUCUUCUCCAUAGAAGUUUUCGAAUGGAGUCGAUGAAGUUGAGCCUAUGAUCUCAGGGUCCCACUUAUGAUUGUAUUUCCAACUUCUGUAAUAAAUAAUGAAGCAAUAAGAUCCUAUAUUCUUGUCA